UGGGUUCUGGAAAGCUCUGUGGCAUUAAGAACACAUGAAACUGUCCACUGGAAUGUACUGUAAUCAGGAGGAAAGCUCUCAGACUUAAGAUGUCAGCACCUGCUCCGGCCAUCACUGCCACAGCUACUAAAAUGGAGGUGGUUUCAGCAGAAGUCAACAGCCUGCUGCCUGAGGAAAUCAUGGACACGGGCAUAACUCUGGUGGAAGAUGACGGCAUCGAGGCCGUGAUCGUGUCUUCACCCAUGGGAGACUCCAUUCCCAUGGAAACAGAGCUGGAAGAAAUAGUGAACAUAAGCUCCACCAGCGACUCCUCAGCCACGACUACAGCCACAGUCACCACGGAAUCGGUUCCUGCGCCCAGCAGCCACUCAGGAGAUGCAGCACUGACCAGCACUGCCCCAACCCCUGAUGUGAAUGCAGCUGUAAAGCCUGCCUUUCCAGGUGGCCUCCAUAAACUCGGUGCUCAGACCCCUGUCACUAUCUCAGCUAAUCAGAUUAUCCUGAACAAGGCCACUGAUAUUAAAAUAGGCAGUCAGAGUAUUAAACCGGACGGGCAAAAGCUGAUCGUAACAACUUUGGGCAAGUCUGGCCAGCCUAUUGUUUUAGCAUUACCCCACAGCCAGCUCCCACAGUCACAGAAGGCCGUGUCCCCAGCCCAGGGUGGAGACUCCAAGGUACAAGGCCAGCAGAUCAAAGUUGUCAUUGGAGGUCGGUCGGAAGUGAAACCUGUUGUGGGUGUCUCAGCUCUGACGCAGGGAAGUCAGCUGAUAAACACUGCGGCCCAGCCCUCUGUCUUGCAGUCCCAGCAAGUAAAAACUGUACAGAUUGCGAAGAAGACUCGAACCCCAACUUCUGGCCCGGUGAUCACCAAGCUGAUAUUUGCAAAACCAAUCAAUAGCAAAGCUGUUACAGGGCAGACCACUCAAGUGUCACCAGUCAUUGCAGGUAGGGUUUUUUCACAGUCUGCUCCAGGGACACCACCAAAGACAAUAACGAUCUCUGAGAGCGGAGUCAUUGGAUCAUCUUUGAGUACACCAACACAACAGACACCGAAUAAAAUAGCUAUCUCACCACUCAAAUCCCCCAAUAAGCAGCUAACAGUGGUGUCAGUGGCCUCCCAGCCUCCCAACUCCCCCCAGAAGACGGUGGGCGUCCCACUGAAUGUAGCGUUAGGACAGCAGAUCCUCACAGUGCAGCAGUCAGCACCCUCCUCCCCUGGGAAGGCUAUAGUCAACCACACAACCACCCAGGCUGUGAAAUCAGCAGUGCAGACCAUUACUGUAGGAGGAGUGGGUACAUCUCAAUUUAAGACAAUUAUUCCCUUGGCAACUGCACCCAAUGUUCAGCAGAUUCAGGUACCUGGAAGCAAGUUCCAUUAUGUCAGACUCGUUACUGCCACAACAGCCAGUAGUUCAACCCAAUCUGCCAGUCAAAAUCCCAGUACGAAUACUCAGCCUCUGCAACAGGCAAAGCCCGUGGUGGUGAACGCGACCCCAGUGCGUAUGUCAGUUCCCAUAGUACCAGCACAGACUGUGAAACAGGUGGUGCCCAAACCAAUCAACUCAACUUCUCAGAUAGUCACUACUAGUCAGCCCCAACAGAGACUUAUCAUGCCAGCCACUCCACUGCCACAGAUCCAGCCCAACCUCACCAACCUCCCCCCGGGCACUGUGCUGGCACCAGCCCCUGGCACAGGAAAUGUUGGCUAUGCAGUCCUUCCAGCUCAGUAUGUCACACAGCUACAACAGUCAUCCUAUGUAUCUAUAGCGAGCAACACUGGCUUCACAGGGACAUCCAGUGUCCAGUCCCAGGCACGGCUGCCAUUUAACGGAAUAAUUUCUUCUGAGUCUGCAAACCGCCCCAGGAAGCCUUGCAAUUGUACUAAGUCUCUGUGUUUGAAAUUGUAUUGUGACUGUUUUGCAAACGGUGAAUUCUGCAAUAACUGCAACUGUACAAAUUGUUAUAACAACCUGGACCAUGAGAACGAUAGGCAAAAAGCAAUAAAGGCCUGCCUGGACAGAAACCCUGAAGCCUUCAAGCCCAAAAUAGGGAAAGGAAAGGAGGGAGAAUCGGAUCGGAGGCACAGCAAAGGGUGUAACUGUAAACGCUCGGGAUGUCUCAAAAACUACUGCGAGUGUUAUGAGGCAAAAAUCAUGUGUUCUUCCAUAUGCAAAUGCAUUGGCUGUAAAAAUUUUGAAGAAAGCCCGGAGCGAAAGACAUUGAUGCAUUUAGCAGAUGCUGCAGAGGUCAGGGUCCAGCAGCAGACUGCUGCAAAGACCAAGUUAUCUUCCCAGAUCUCAGACUUGCUGACAAGGCCAACACCAGCACUCAGCAGUGGUGGUGGGAAGCUGCCCUUUACAUUUGUCACCAAGGAGGUGGCCGAUGCCACCUGUGAAUGCCUCCUGGCACAGGCGGAGCAGGCGGAGAAGACGGGCAAGUCCAAAGCUGCAGCAGAGCGCAUGAUCCUGGAGGAGUUUGGGCGCUGUCUGAUGAGGGUUAUCAGCUCUGCAGGGAAGUCCAAAUGUGACCCUUGUGCCAUGAACUGCUGACUCAUGCACAUGAGCCACAACGAAGCGGACUGAACAGAACACUUAAGGCACAGGGACACUUUGGCUUAGCAUAAAGGAUUUAAUAAUAUUUGUUAAUUUGGUGCUUGUUGUAAAUUGACCCAUGUAAGAUUGAAACAAGAAAUUCUUUUAUAACAGGAUGUAGAACCUUUUAAACCUUAGCUAAAUCCUCUUCUACAUAAGACAAUACCUAAAGGUCAGUUCUUCUUCCCAAUGUACAGCUUUUACCCUGGGUUUCUUAAAAAUUAGAUGUGUUCUCCCCUUUCCCCCAGAAUAAUUGUCUG